AGCUCAAAUCAGAUUGUAUGAGUAAAUCCGUGUCCCAUACUAUUUAAGGCAGGGGAUUAGCAUGGCUGUUGAAAGAGGAGAGUGAGGUAGUGAUCUGUACGAAGGCUACACGCCUCGAAAGGGAACGUGACACCAGGGAGGUAAACCCACAGCUAACUGCAUUACAAAAAGCUGGUAAUAUGGUUUGGGUAGACCUUAACUUACCUGUCAGGAAUCAUUCAGACGAGAUUUUCGUUGGGCUCUGGGAUAUGACAGUAUGGAUCUGUGAAGCAGACUGAGCUAAGAGGGUGGGAGUGGUCUCUCCCUUUUCUACAGCAAAUAAGUGGAUAUUUUUGGUGUGUUUAGAACAUAUGAUUGAUCCCACAUUGCAUGGUCCUUUUUACUGUUAACCAGCAAUUGCAGAAUUACACCUCUGUCUCUAAAUUUGCCUUUUCUAAAUGUUUUCCCUACUAGUCUCUGUAGUAAGAGGUGAUCUUAUUGGUGUUGGCACAGUCCUAUGAUUUAGGUGAAUACAAGUGUGCAUUUAAUUAGAUCACUGCAGCCAAUGCACAAUCCGCUCAACAUCAGUGCCAAGCAUGCUGAAUGAAGAAUGUGGGUUAAAUUGGAGACAGUAACCCAUGUGGUACACAGUAGAUACAAGAACAUGAGGGGGAUGGGAUGUGCCUCGCUUUUACCUGAGGGAACUGAAGUGUUUGACCUCUGCUCUCAUGUUUGUUCCCCUCACCUUCGAUUAGCUAACAGCGUGAUAAGUGUGUCCUUACACAAGGGACCUAUCAAGGGAUGUAACAGCUGGGGCAAACAUAGGAACACAAAGGAAAAUUCCCAGGCUUUCUCACCCCCUCUCUCUUUUACACACACGUACAGUGUGCUCUUUCUUUCAUCGGGCAAACCGUUUGUAGGACGCAUCUCUCGCGGAUCUUUGUAGAACCAGAUUUCUACACCAUCCUUGGGCCCCUCGACCUCUUCAUGGAAGUUCCCACUUCUCACUUUAACCCUUUGCAGUUAAGGAAUGUCUCCUACUUUUCCUUCUUUUCGGAGCUCCACCGCUCUGACCAUAUCGCAACCAGCGUGGAGACCCUGGCCCUCACGACGGUCUUCCUGGUCUCAGUGGUGGCCAACGUGGGAACAGGGUUCUUGGUCACACGAGAACGCCGGUCGCUGGUAAAUAAGACUGCCCUGACACUGAACCUGUUUGUUGCUGACCUAUUGUUCGUCAGUAUGACUCCUCUGAUCGUGGUGGUGCGCUGGGCCGUGUCCUGGAGGUUGGGCAACGCAGCUUGUCGCGCCAUGCUGUAUGUCAUCAGCAUGAGCGGCUGUGUCACCAUCACCACCCUAGCCUGCAUCAGUGUGGAGAGAGUUAUGGCUAUCCUCAGGCUGCACCCGGCUCCCACCCUCAACCCCAGGAUGGUGUGUGCUACCCUGGGGUGCAUCUGGGCUUUCUCAGCACUCACCUCCAUGCCGCUUAGCUUAUUCUUUACUGUACGGGAGGUGGAGUCCUUUGAUGAGAGAAACAUCCAAAUCUGUACCCUGAUGUGGCCAGACAUGCUUGCGGAAAUAGUGUGGGAUGUUGCCUUUACUGCGCUCUGCUUCCUAGUCCCAGGAAUCAUAAUCGUGUUCAGCUACAGCAAAAUACUGCAGCUCAGCAAGCGUUCCCGAAGGAGGCUGCACCCUUGUGAAUCUCCCUCCAGACUCAACAGGGUCCACCACUACGUCUCUCGCCAGGACAUCAAACUCUUCCGCACGCUCUUCGUCCUCAUGCUCUCCUUUUUCAUCAUGUGGAGCCCUAUCUUCAUCAUCACAUUCCUCAUCCUCAUGAGGAACUUCCAGAGCCUUUACGUCACCUCCACCAUGUUCUUCUGGGUGGUGACCUUCACCCUGGCCAAUUCUGCGCUCAACCCCAUCCUCUAUUCACUGUGUCAGUUUAGGCACGGCUGGCAGAGGCUGUGCUGUGUCUCCAUGGUCACCCCGAUGAAGAGAGCAUCCAAAGCCAAUGUGGGCAGACAGGAGAGGGGACCAACACCACACAAAGUAUACACCAUCUAGUUUGUAGGUUAUACAGCACAUUCACCAUGAGACCUUCCUCUGCUAAAAGUCCAACUACCGGUGGAGGGAUUUAACAUCGCAGUACUACAGUAACUGUAGGUACACUACAUCAGAAGUUGUACAGGCAUUUACAUAAUAAAUACACAUACUUCUUUGGUAUCGCUGUUCACGUUUGUUUUGAUAAAAUUGUGUACAUAUCUGAAACCUCUUUAGACACUGUGAUGUUAAUGCUGACUGCUGUUAUGGUUACGAAGUCUCCCUCACUGUCUGUGUUGAUAUCCGGAGUGAUCAGCUUGUGGCUCGCACCUUCUGUAGCUGCUUUACUAUAUCUACUGUGGCGGCCAUUUACAAUCCCAUUUGGCUUUAUCCAUGGAUAGAGCAGCCCAGUGACUGAAAUAGACCACUGCUAAUAAGUGCCAAGCUUUAGAGGUAAAGAUGCUUCUGCAUUUGGAUGUUGUUGAUUCGAGCUCAAAUUAGAGCGGGACGGCGCCAGUGCACAUGCUGAGCUGUCCGUCUGUCCAACAAUAGUACCAUCACAUCACUUCUGUUGUGGUCUGGCAUAUGCACAGCUUUCUGUAUAAUAACUCAUUAUAAGCAAGGGGCUACAUGUAGUUACACAGUUUCACUACAAUUUCCUGUUCUAAACUGUUCUUUAAAAAUCUUUCUUUUUAUAACAAGUCGAACCCCCAAUAUUCCUCCUUCAGCUUUGUGGUUUUAUAAUCAUCAUCCAGAAUUCAUACUUUGGUUGUCUGGUUUUCUUUUCAACACCAAUACAUGUAGUACAUGCAUUACAUUGGGUGUAUUGUAUCGUUUUUUUACUUGCAGUCUACUGGUGCAGCGCAGCAAGUUUGAGCAUAGAGGACAUCCC